AGUUCAUCAGGUUGAGAGCAAACAGAGUGGCUCUGUUCACACACACACACACACACACACACACACACACACUGAGGGGGAGGAAGAGGGUGUGGCUGAGGUUUCCCGUCCUCCUGUCACCCUCUGAAGGAGCUCCUCCCUGCGUUCCUGUCCAGCCUGUCGGGGAACUCCAGCUCACUUCGACCUGAGAGACUCACUGAGAGCAGCUCGUCUUCAUCACAUCAUCAUCUUCACCUCCAUCAUCCUCAUCCUCCCGUCAUGGCCGCCUCCUCCAAGUCGUCCCAGAAGGGGAAGAACGUGGCGAUCGUCCUGCUGGCGCUCUGGUCCAUCGUGUCACUGGUGGUCAUCGUGGUGUGGGCGACGUCUCCGGACCUGAAGAGCUCGGCGCAGUGCCGGGCCGAGCUGCAGAAGACCACGGAGAUGAUGGAGGGCGCCAAGGUGGUCUGGGACCGGAACAAGGUGGCUCUGGAGGAGCAGGUGGAGGCGGAGAGGGAGAAACAGGAGCGCCACAGAGCCCAGAUCCUGGUCCUGCUGGAGCGCCUUAAUGCCACCAACGCCACGCUGGAGGAGUGCCGGCAGGAGAACGCCGUCCUGAACGGGAACAUCAGUGUUCUGCAGGAGAACGUGGAGCAACUGCGUCAGAUGGAGCUCAACCUCACGGCUCGCCUCGAGCUGCAGGAAGAUCACAUCGAGGCCCUGCAGCAGAACAUGACCCAGACCCUCCAUCAGACCACGUCCUGCCUCAGUCUGAAGGUGGCGGCGGAGAGCCAGAUGUUGGCGGCUCAGAGUCAAACCAGAGCCUGCGAGUCCGCUCAGCAGUACCUGCAGAAACAGCUUCAGAAGUGUAAAGUCGGGGAGCCUGAAGCUCCUCAACAGACGCAGCCUCAGGACUCCGCCUCCCAACCGUCCUCCGCCUCCCAACCGUCCUCCGCCGGCGCCGUCUCGCCCCUCUGUGGAAUUCCCGCGCUGACGCUGCUCAUCUGCAGCGCUCUGCGUCUGAUUACCUGAGAGCCCAGGGAGGCGUCGACCUGCCGAACGACGGCGAGCACUGCGGUCCGGGCCGGAGGGGGCGGAGCCUGGACUGAACGACUGCUGUACAAACUUCCUGAUCGCCAUGGAGACGCCACGCUGUCGUAUGACUGGACACAGACUUUGCUUGAAGAGCUGAGGCGUUCACUGACCGACUGAAAGAACUGUUUAUUUUACCGCUUUCAGCUGUCCGUCAAUCAGUUUGUAUAUUGAUUUAUUGAUUAUUGACUCACUGCAGAGAAACAAUCAGUCAGUGCACCACGAUGCAUUUAGGGACCUCCUCGCCCACAUGUCCUUUUACAAAAACAGUUUAUUGUCACUGUUGACAUUGAUUGAUCACUUUGUAAAGUCAGAAAGCUCGAAGUCUCCAGAUGAAAAAAUGUGUGUUUUAUAAAUUGAUUAAUUGAUUAAUUGUUGCAGUCUCGAGUGUUGCAUUCACUGACUCAGAAUUCAAUCAGUUAAAUGCACUGCUGGUCGUCAUGGUUACUGCAGAUCAACUCGUUCCAACAGAAUCAGAGAGGAAGAAAAGUUCACCGUCCGUCGACCAAUCACAAGCAGUCCUGCCCGAGCCGAGCUCUGAUUGGCUGCAGAGUCCAAAAUGGAGGAUGCUGCUUUUCAACAGAAUCCUGGUUCACACACACAGUAGUCCCACAGACUGCACUGAGCACAUGAUCGCUAAGAGGACUUUAUAUUAUUGGUUACAGUUCUGUGAGGUGGAAUGAUUGAUUAUCUCUCUGCAGGAAGUGAUUGAUUAGAACCAAUCAAAUCAAUGUAGAACUGAUUGGUUCAGAAAAUAAUCAGCAGGGAUCAAACGUGAAGCUCAACGCGACUUUUUCAACUCAGAGACCCCGUUUACACCCGACAGAGCACAGGAUGUCCCAGCAUGCACUGGGCUCAGCAGCGCCACCUGGAGCCUGAGCAUAAACCGACACAGCUGAUAUUGACUGACUUUAUGAUCAGUGUGUAUCAGCAGAUAUUGAUCAGUCGGGUGUUAACGGGGUCGUAGUGUAUAAACGACUGAACUCACAGCUUGAAGCUCCAAACGACUCGACUGAUAGAAGCUUUUAUAUGUGUGUGUGCGUUUGUGUGCGUGUGUGUGUGCGGUGU